UUUAUGUUUUGUGGGUUAAAUUGUGAGGUUAUGUCAAUUACAUUUUUGAUAACCUCAAUCUACAUAUUUCAUUUUAACUCCGAUCUAUUUAAAUAUAAAGAUGAAUUCUAUAAGAAAACAAUUUACUUGCAUGUCUUCGAAGCGAUACAUUAAGGCAAUAAGUAACAGGUGUCUUUCAGCUCUAGCGGAAGAUUCUAAACGGCAAAAUGAUAUAUUCGAUGCGGAGCAAAAGCGACAAAAAGAAGCGGUUGGACGGAUAGAAAAAAUCGAAGUGCAAUAUGAAGGGAUACCGGCUAACGAAACAUUAAUAAUGAAUAGGUUCCUGUCCACACCGUAUGACUGUGCAAAGCAUCUUGGUGACAAAGUGAAAGAUAAGUCAGUAGUUGCGUUACUGAAUGGUGACACUUUAUGGCAUAUGCACAGGCCAUUACCGACCUCAUGUAAACUAGAACUGUUACACUACCACAUGCCAAACCCAUCGGCUGUUAACAAAACUUUUUGGAGAAGUUGUAGCUUUCUGUUAGGAGCAGUAAUUUUGGAUGCCUUCAAAGAUGAUGUAGAUGUGCAGCUCCAUAGCUUUCCAAGCCCUAAUGUAAAAUCUGGCAGUUUUGUAUAUGAUGUACAGCUGUCACUAGACGACUGGAAACCAACAGUACCUGAACUGAAAGUUUUAUCUAUCAACAUGAUCAAGUUUUGUCAAAAGGAACACCACCUGGAAUGCUUAGAUGUGUCGAAGGAUAUAGCGCUAGAAAUUUUCAAAAACAACCCCCAUAAAACUCAGCAAAUUCCCGACAUCGCUGAACACAAUGGCGAUAAGAUAACCCUUUAUAAGGCAGGCCCACAUAUUGACAUUUCAAAGGGGCCUAUGAUACCAAAUACCCGGCAUAUGGGUAGGAUAACAGUAUCAAAUGUCAUAAAACUGGAUACUGAUAUUCCAGGAGGUCCAAUUUAUAGAUUCCAAGGGGUAGCAUUACCUGCGGCCAUCACGUUGAACCACUUUGCUUAUAGUAUACUAGAGGAGAGAGCUAGGAACUUGGUUAGUAAUUUAACGAAGAAACAGUUUUUUACUGUACAAAGUUGGGUUGUCUCAGAAAUAAGGUUCCCACAUUUUUUUUCAGGCACAAGGAAUUUUUUAUUUGGAAAAUAAAUUCACCAUUGGAAACGUUGAUCUUUAAGCUAUUUUUCUACGCAUUUUUUUAGACGUGAAAUCUACUCGAGGAAGUCCGCCACCAACCCGCUUGGAAACUUGUUAAACUGGAAAACUCCUCGUCCGUCUCGAACCAAUAGGCGCUUCUUGUUGGGAUCGGUGGUGGGGUAGCAGACAAACACGACGGUGUUGCCGGAUUUCGCCUAGCAUCACGCGCCGCAAAUUUACAACGUCGGGAACGUUAUUUUUGAAACAACCCUCGUAAAAAACUAAGGAUUAAUAUUCACAUUUUUUACUCCAGAAUCCAGCGAGGAUACCAGGAUCGCAAGGAAUCGAUAUGGAAGAUAAUAGUUUUGUAUCACGUAUGACACAUUAAUUAUAUUGUAAAGUUUUAUUUAAAUACAUGAG